UACAUUGGCUGUCUGGGUGUGAAUACCUCAAUGAAAUCGCUCGACUUUGAUACUCGCUCACUCAUCGCCAAGGAGUGCAUCAAUCGCGUCUGCGAGGCAGCUGGCCUCAAGACUGCUGAUAAGAAGCGCCGUACCGAGAAGCGUAUUGCACGCAUGCUUGCUGAUGCUCCCAAUAUGGAAAACGCUGGUGUCGAUGUGAACCUCUCCAUUACAAGUGCCCAUCUCAAUCUCAUUGUCGCCGAGUCGGGCGAGCACUUGGCCAAGCAUGAAAUGCCCAACAUUUCUUUCGCUUCCGGCGGUGAUACGGACACUUUGGAUUUUGCCGCCUAUGUUGCUAAGGACAAUCGAUUCGGACGAGCUUGCUUUGUGCUCGAGUGCGGUGGAGGUCGGGCUCAGGAUGUGAUUACCACCAUUGGACAGGCUUUUGAGUUGAGAUUCAAAGAGUUUCUCAAGCGGACACCUCGCGCACUCACUGACAGACUGGAUGGCACUCAUUUCAACGGCUCUGGCAGCGCACUGGCCGCGCACAGUCAAGCGCCGCCACCGCGAGCAGACGACCGUGAAUACUACAAUGAUUUGCCGGGUAAAAUUCCACCCGACAUUGUGCCCGCUUUGCCAGCUUCCGCAGCGCCGGCGUCUGUGCCACAUGCUGCGCCGCGCAAGAAGAACGGCCUUCUCGACCAGGUGAAUCUCAUUGAUCUGACGGAUGAUCACCAGACAGUGGCAGUCAAUGGCACCAGUGGUGAUGCUAAUACGGUCACGGCUAGCCAACUAAAAACUCCACUGGCUCACGAUCCACAGUACGUCAACUGCACCAUGGCGCCCCAAGAAGAACCCAAAGACUCCUUUGAUAUGCAACCAUUUACAAGUGCACUGGCCGAUGACGUGAACGUUGCGGCGACCACCACCACCGCAACUACCACCAGCACCAGCACCACUUCGAAAGGACGCAGCCAGCCAGUAGGUGCUCCAGCAGGCAGUGUCUCUAUUGCUGAGGUGGAGUACGUGGCCAACUGUGAGCUGGACAAGGAGGACUGGUUUCAUGGGCCAAUUCCACGAAAACAGUCAGAAGAGCUGGUCAUUCGGGAUGGUGACUUUCUGGUGCGCGAAUCUAAGGGGUCCAGUGGCUCAGGGGAGCAAUACGUGCUCACCGGCAUGCAAAGUGGCACACACAAGCACUUGCUUUUGGUUGAUCCAGAAGGAGUGGUUCGCACCAAAGACAAGACAUUUGAGUCAGUGAGCCACCUGAUCAACUACCACCGCAACAACGGCCUGCCCAUCAUUUCUUCGGAAUCGGCGCUUAUUCUGAAGAAUCCAAUUGUCGCGCCUAAAUUGUCCACUCUCAAAACAAACUGA